AUUAUACGUUUAGUUCGAGACAGAUGUGUGAAUUAGCGCCGUGAAUACGGGAAUAGGGACGUUGCGGACGUAAACACACGUAAACGGCCCUCUUUUCUUGCGUGGUUACGUAGUUUUCAGUGGCAGGGAUUCAUCUUGGCGUGAGAGUCCAGCUUUGAGGGGCUGUGUCGGGUAGCGUCCACAUCCACCGGAGUGAGACCAGAGUAGAUGUGAAGAAUUGGCAUUAAACAGCUUGUCAGCUCUCAGGUGUAAUUUGGGUGCAGCGGUCUAUAAUGGAAAACUCCACUGAAGACUACAGGAUCCAGUCAUUUGACCAGGACACACAGGUGUUGCUGAAAACAGCCUUGAAAGAUCCAAGUGCAGUGAACCUAGAGAAAGUUUCCAACAUCAUCGUGGAUCAGUCUUUGAAGGACCAAGUGUUCAGCAAAGAGGCCGGACGCAUCUGCUACACCAUUGUGCAGGCUGAGGCCAAGCAGAGCAACGGUAACGUGUUCAGGAGAAACUUGUUGAACCGACUCCAACAGGAGUUCAAGGACCGUGAGGAGACCAGGGUGCGCUCACUGCAGGAGUGGGUGUGCUACGUCACGUUCAUCUGCAACAUCUUUGAUUACCUCAAAGUGAACAACAUGCCGAUGGUGGCCCUGGUCCAUCCUGUGUAUGACUGUCUGAUAAGGCUGGCCCAACCAGAUGCUCUGAUGAAUGAGGAGGAGGUGGACUGCCUGGUGCUGCAGCUGCAUCGCAUCGGAGAUCAGCUGGAGAAGAUGAACAGCCAGCGGAUGGACGAGCUGUUCUUCCUGCUGCGGGACGGCUUCCUGCUGCAGGAGGGCCUUACGUCUAUGGCCCGUUUGCUGCUGUUGGAGAUCCUGGAGUUCAGGGCUGGAGGUUGGAUGCUCAGCAGCACCGCCCACAAGUACUAUUACAGUGAAAUUGCAGAUUAGGGCGACUGCAAAGGACGAGGGUGCCGAGCAGCUUUUUUGCAGCUGCGUUAGGGAAACCUUCAAGCGCCUCAGACACCUCUGCUUAGUCGCCACCGAGUGUAAAACCAGCAGUUUCAUGACAGACAGCGACAUCUUCCAGGUAAUCAGCGGAGGGUUUGUGGAGAUAGCGGCUCAUAAAAUGUAAAAAGACUUUGAUUUUGCUGGAUUAUACCCUGCGUUUGAUAAUAUUACUGAGACAUGGUGCCGUGGAUGUGGAAUAGUGCAAUAGUUCACAAGGAGCUGAGGUUACGUCAACGAGGUUUAGCCACAUUCAGGUACUCUUUGUUUCAAAGGAGUUUGUUUUGAGGUUUGAUUACUGAUAGAGAAACCGAAGCUUUUUUUUUUUUUUUUAAACUUUCUGGCAUUCCUGUUUUGAGAAAACAUUUAAACUUAUUUUUACCAAAUCUAAAGAAGUUGGAAAAGACAUUCCAGUCAGAUGCAAGCUAAUUUGGUCUUUGCUUUAUUUUUCAAUUGUUGUGUGAUCAUUGUUUUAAUGAAUAGAAAAGAAAUAUUUUACCUAGUUAAAUCUUUUAGUGUAAAAUAGAAUUUUACGAAAGGUUUGAAUUGAAGUUGAGAGAAAUUUUCCGCUUAAUUUCUCCUGUAGGAUUCCAAUGUUACUGUUUCUUUGCCACUUGGUUUGUAAGGCUCAGAUGAAACACUGUCUUAAUUCAGGGAUUUUCUUUCCUUUCUUCCUUUUUUUGCUACCAUUCUACUUAUGAAUAAAAGACCAAGAGAUUGGUUACAUUUCAUAUUUAAAUAGUUUUUACAUAUUAAUAGCUCAGACUUGGUUUAAGUUUUGUUCGUUAAACAAGUCGUGCCAAUGUAACAUGCAGAGGAUCAUCCAGUGCAGCUGACUUGACAGAGCCUAAACUCUUCAGUUGUAGUCGAGGUGCUAGAGGAGCUGAUAUUUUCCUCCCUUCACAUAUACACAGGUCAUAUCAGUAUAAAAUUAGAAGGAUCUUUGGCUUUUAAAUUCAGGUUACACCAGCACUGGUGACACUAUGUAGGUGUACAUAUUACGUUGGGAGUCUGUUGUUACCUUUGUUUAUAGUACUCACUGACGGCUCUAGGGUCUUUAACCAUAGCUGUGCCUUGGAAUCAAACAGACACAAGCAUAGGACAAAUGUCAUGUGGUUAAAAUAUUACACCUCUAUUUGAAAUGUCAUGAUUUUGAAAACCUGUAAAAUGUAAAUAAGCAAAGCUUAAUAUAAAAUGUACUUUCACAGCAGUCAGACAAAUCAACCAAACAUGAUAAAUUA